GGUACGUCACGUUGCGGCAUCUGUAGUACAAAAAAAAAAAUCUGUUUGCUGAAAUGUAGUCUGACGUAGGCUUCUCAUGCUAGCGGGCCGAUAUGAUGUCAUUUCUAUAGUGUUUUGGUGUCUGUUUUCACGGUUCCACCCGGCGCUGCAGUCAGUCACGCAGCGCGCUGAGGAAGACAGUCAGCGGCGGCAACAGCAGCAGCAUGUGCAUCGACGAAUUGACGGUGUAAAGUGCGUUAAAACUGUCCGCGAGGCGUGGGAACGAGCAAAUAACAGUCCGUUUUAAGCAGAGACUCGUCGAAAACGCUAGCUAGCGGCACAGAUGGCUUUCUAGGAGGGAAAGGAUUCGCUGUCGCUGGGGGUAAUGGGAUCUGUGCGGUUAUAUGCAGCCCGUCGGUAGGGCACCAGAGCCAGACUGCAGCUGAAAGCACCGGGAUCUCGCUUCAUCUGCAGCUUAUAAUAUAGCCACCGGCCAUUCGAGCGUUUGCGUCGUUGUGUUCAGACUUUCAGCGGGUGUCGGGCUGCAGAUGGGCUUUAUUAUCGGUCUAAUGAAGUAAUUUGAAGCCCAUACUUCAGUCCCCGGGUGCAGUCUUGAGCGUGUGAUGAUAGGAGACACAAUGACGCUUUUGUCUCUUUUGGGUCGCAUCAUGCGUUAUUUCUUGCUCAGGCCAGAGACCUUGUUUCUGUUAUGUAUAAGCUUGGCCCUUUGGAGUUAUUUCUUCCACACGGACGAGGUGAAAACCAUCGUCAAGUCCAGCCGGGAUGCCGUGAAGAUGGUGAAGGGAAAAGUGGCCGAGAUGAUGAUGAACGACAGACUCGGCGGUCUGGACGUGCUGGACGCGGAGUUCUCCAAGACGUGGGAGUUCAAGAACAACAAUGUAGCGGUGUACUCGAUACAGGGCCGGAGAGACCACAUGGAGGACCGCUUUGAGGUGCUUACCGACCUGGUGAACAGGAGCCACCCUUCAAUCUUUGCCAUUUUUGACGGCCACGGCGGGGAGGCAGCCGCUGAUUAUGUGAAGGCCCACCUGCCCGAGGCUCUCAAACAGCAGCUGCAGGCUUAUGAGCGGGAAAAGAAAGACAGCCCUCUCUCCUAUCCCGCUAUCCUAGAGCAGCGCAUUCUGUCUGUGGACCGAGACAUGGUGGAGAAGUUUUCUGCCACCCAUGAUGAAGCUGGCACGACGUGUUUAAUAGCCUUGUUGUCAGACCGUGAAUUGACUGUGGCAAAUGUCGGAGACUCUCGCGGUGUUCUCUGCGACAAGGACGGCAACGCUGUGGCCUUGUCACAUGAUCACAAGCCAUACCAGCUGAAGGAGCGAAAGAGGAUCAAGAGAGCAGGUGGCUUCAUCAGUUUCAACGGCUCUUGGCGCGUGCAGGGCAUCCUCGCCAUGUCCCGCUCGCUCGGUGACUACCCUCUCAAGAACUUGAAUGUGGUCAUCCCAGACCCGGAUAUCUUGACCUUUGACCUGGACAAGCUACAGCCGGAGUUCAUGAUCCUAGCCUCCGACGGCCUGUGGGACGCGUUCAGCAACGAGGAGGCCGUCCGCUUCGUGCGAGAACGCCUGGAUGAGCCGCACUUCGGAGCCAAGAGCAUCGUGCUGCAGUCUUUCUACCGCGGCUGUCCCGACAACAUCACUGUCAUGGUGGUGAAGUUCAAGAGCAGCUCUGGGAGCAAAACUGGAGAAUAGUUGGACUCAAACAGCCUCCAUUGUCUUUUCAUUAAUGCAUAUCACCAGAGGCUAGACGGUGUAAUAUAAGAGACAAACCUUUUUUCUCACAAUUACAAUAAACUGUAUAGACACACGCAUGCAUGUGCAAACACAUGCAUUCCCAGAUUUCUUUUUUUUUGUUUGUUUGUUUUUUUUGGGUGUGUGCCAAAUGGACACUUAAUGGAAAAUUUAUUUUGUAAUUACUCCUUUUUCAAUUCCUUACACUGUAAAGAUGAUGUAUACUGGCCUUCCUUAAUCAGAGCAAUAUUAUUUGUGAAACAGCAAUUGGCAUAAAUGGUAGAAGGACGUUUAUUGCCUUGAAGAUGCAAUCAUAGUGUUUUGUUCAGAAGACAUGCAUAAGUAUCAUAACUGUUUGUUUCUUUUUCUUGUUUUUUUGAAUUAAGGAGCUGAACCAUAUCCAGCUCUUGAAUUUGGAUGUGCAUGAUCCAUUCAUAUCAGUUCAGGGCAUUAUGCCAAUUUACACUGGUGCUGCUCAUCAGUUGUGUUAGAUAAAGAAUGUUACACUUUGAUUAAACGUCAUAAUAGAUCGUUGUCCCAUUCAUUUUUAUUCAUUCCUGCUAGUCAUUAGUCACUGUUUUAUUGGUAACAUGAAUACAGAAGUGACCGGGUUGAAGGUAGAAUGUUAUGUAAUUAUUUUGUAAAGACUCUUGAAGUAAUACUGGCAAACUGUCCUCCAAUGUUCCUCCUAGUUUACUGAAGAAUUUGGCACCAGCCCCGAUCUACACAAGUUUAAUUUCUUGCACUGUGUGAAAUGUAUAUGGGAGGUUAAAGCGAUAAAUAAACUUAAGUCAAAACUGA